ACAGAACGUAGUGAAAAUGAGAGAGACGUUUUCUUAGUUCCCAUCUUAAGGCAUAACAGUUUACCAAAAAUAUCCACAAAACAAGCUCAAGAGAUAUAAUUUCAGACACGGAUGAAAGUGCGUUCAAUGAAGAUUCCACGAGUUUUCACUAAGGAGUUGCAUUUUCAGUUAGCUAUUUGUGGUUAGCUGGCUAAGCUGUCAGAGUAGCUUUACCAUCCGAAGAUGACCAAAUGCUUAAGAUUUUAGAUUUCUUAUAAACAGGACGCUAAUUUAUCUUAGUACGAAAACUUCCUGGCAACGUAUGACACCUUCACUUAACCUGGAAUUUAUUUGAAUUAUAAGGCUCAAUAGCGACUAGCUUAGCCAGCUAGCUUUCCCCGGCAUCCUUCGGGUCUCUAGCAGUAGAUGGUUAACUAGAUAAUUAGUUUAUAUCCGCUGUAAGACAUUUAAGUCUUUCGUUUUAAGAGCUGACAUGCUGGCCCCUCCAAUUCCCACCAUAAUGCCGGCUCUACUGGAGAGGCCCAAACUGUCCAACGCCAUGGCCCGUGCGCUACACAAACACAUCAUGAGAGAGAGAGAGAGGAAGAGACAAGAGGAGGAGGAGGUGGAUAAGAUGAUGGAGCAGAAACUGAGAGAGGAAGAGGAGAGGAAGAGAAAGAAAGAGAUGGAGGAGAGAAUGUCUUUAGAGGAGACUAAAGAACAGAUCAUGAGGAUGGGGGAGAAGCUCCAGGGCUUGCAGGAGGAGAAACACCAGCUCUUCCUACAGCUGAAGAAAGUCUUACAUGAGGAAGAGAAGAGGAGAAGGAAAGAACAAAGUGAUAUGACCACAUUGACCUCAGCUUCCUACCAGCCCAGUAUGGCAGUACACUCAGGACAGCACCUGCUCAUGCAGUCGGGUCAGGUCAGUCAUGGAAGGCCUGGAGCCCUGCUGGUGGAGCGCAGCAAGCAGCUCUUUCAGACAGCAGUUAUUCCCGGUCGUCAUUUCCAGGCUGCAUUCAGUGGCUCUGAUCAUGGGCAGUUUUCUGGAGGUCAGGGGUCACAUGGUCCCUAUGGUGUCACCCAGCAGCAGCAUUUUACAUCCGCACAGCCUGUCACAGUCAGCUACGCCAGCUCCGCCCCCCUCAGAGGUGCGUCAGCAUUCCAGACGAUGCAGUAUCUUCCCCACCAGCAGAGUUACACAGUUCAUAGUCACUUCAGCUCCCAGCCAGGCUUUAUCCCUAGUGCUGGUAUCCCUCUUCAGAAGCAGCUGGAGCAUGCCAACCAGCAGUCUGGCUUCACUGACUCUAGCACUCUGAGGCCGAUGCAUCCACAGGCCUUGCACCCAGGGGCUACAGGGCUACUGCCUACUCCCUCCAUCACCGCCCAGAUUCCUCCUGCCAAGUCUGGCUUGCCAUACACCCAUCCACCCAGACCAGCCUCCCCAGGGUCCUUUACGCACGGGACCCCCCCACAGCCACCCCACACAACGACGUUUCAGAGCUCAACUCAGCCUGCUGCUCGUCAUCCCUACCUCGCUCAUGGCCAAUCAGGACAGAGGUUCUAUCACCACAGCAAAUAACCAGCCAAUCAGAUCGCCACCUUUGUCACCACAGCAAAUAAACAGCUAAUCAGAACGGCGUCUCUGUCACAACAGUAGAGAAUAUAUCACCUGUUUGGGAGGGAAGGAGGCAUGAUGCUAACUGUGUCAGAAUAUAUGUGUGUGAGAGUGUGUGUGUGUGUGUGUGUCUGUGUGUGAGAGUGUGUGUGUGUGUG